UAUAUUUUAACUACUUCAAACUGAAUCAUAAUGUCAAAAAUGACAGACGAAUUUUCCCGCUUUAUUCGAUCAGAUCAUGAAGGGUGGAAAAUUGCAGUCAGGAAUGCUCGUCUUAUUGAAGAUGGACUAGGCUCGGUCAUCGGAAAGGUCAUUUCAAAGCCUCAUUCAAAGGACAUUUCAAGUUCAUUAACAAUGACAAAGGAGAAGAAUAACGAACUGCGUUUCCCAAUGAGAGAAAAUAGAACGGAAAAAGACAAAUUAAUAACAAAAAAGCUGUUUUACCGAAAUAAUCCUCAUCCAAGGAUCAAAUUUCCUUUUCCUUCAGGAGACAGGCUUAAGACUUACAAGGUAUGGAGUGCUGAUUUGGGAAUGGAACCACCACCGUUUAUUCGCGAAAAUAUUCCACCUCGGCCGAAACUUAGACAAUCAACUGGGGCUCUUAAUGAAGGAUAUAAAACUGUUUAUCAGCUGGAGAUAUCAGAAAUACCUGCUAAAAUGAGAUAUGGAGUGGAUGCAAUCAACUAUCAAUCUCCUGAACUGAUAAAACACUCACCAUUUGCAUCAAAAUAUUCCUGGGCUACAGGAGGAUUUGUACGGGACACAUUCCCAUCUUUUAGACAUCAUAAUGUUCCUCCUGUGUCAAGUCGUCUCAAUGACGCUAAAUGAAAGUGUGAUGUUAAACAUGUUUGUUUAUGACAUUUCUUUUUAUUUCAUUCCGCACUAUAUAUCUGUUGAUGCUGUUUAUAAAUUUUACCGUACUUUUUGUGGCUAGCGGUUGUGCGUGCACGACUAACCACCAUGCUGUAUUAAAAGAGUCCGUCAGUCUGUCA